AUGGAGAGCCCUAGACAAGUUGAAGUCAGUUUGAUGGACAGGCAAGAGGUCCACGAUGAUAGUCUUUCCGUGCGAUUCGAUGCGCGUCUAAUCCCAAACCCGCUGCCAUCGCCAGCACCCAGACCGGUAGCAGAAAAUCAUGGUCCACGGAGAUUUCCUAAUUGGGAAGCGCGUCGCAUUCAUACGUGGAAAACUCCACUUCUCAUGGUUCUGUUUUUCCUUGUUGGCUUAGCAAUGAGCAUGGCACAUUGCAUCUUUUACCCGAAACUCAAAGAUCAGGUGGUUGGGAAAGCCGACCAGCAAGAGGAGAAGAUAAGAUUUGGCACUGGCUUUGCCUUCCUCGCCCAGAUAUGCCUAGGGGCAAGUGUGUGGACUGCGUACACUCAGUGGCUAUGGAGGACCCUCAUGAAGAAGGACGUGACUUUCGAAGUCCUAAAUUCAGCUUUUGGAGCUGAAACAUCGAUACUGUCUUUACUCAACGUCAACAUGUGGAAGAGGCUGAAGGUAGGAUCAAUAAUCGCAUUCCUCGCAUGGGGACUAUUGAUACCGCCAUUCUUUACACCUGCGACUUUGUACAUAUUCGAAAGCACCCAAGUUGUACACAUCAAUGCAGCUAUGCCGUACCCGUCCAUCGCAAAUGUAAGCGCAGCGCAUUUGUUUACCUAUUCGCCACCUUCUAUACGCGGAACAAAACAAUACGAAAACGAUGUGAAUCGAAUUUUCACUGGACCAAGGACCGUCAUGAACCUGUUGGCUACUGCCACGUCGUCUCUCGGCGAGAUACUACCACUAGACUUGCCUUUCAACAAUUCAGCCUAUUCCAUCAAUUUCUACGCUCCUGUCAUCAGGUGUGGGGAUGCUAACGAUACGGAAAGAUAUGCCAUAGACGGUCUUCUGAGGGAAGAGAUGAAUGUCACACGGGGUACACUAAAUGAAACGGCUAGUGCAUAUUUCAGUUUCGUUCCCACCUACAACAGCAACGGGAGUCUUACAGCAGUGUCGCACCCUCGUCGACAAAUACCUUCAACACCGAUGAAUGAACUCUGGAUGACAUUUCUGCGACCUGAGAUUGACGGCCAGGGCGAGCGAAUCAAGACUCGUCAUUAUCAAAUCUGUCGCCCGCACAACGCAUCUUACAAUCUGGAAAUAUCGCAGUAUCAUGGCCUCCAGAAUGUUUCGGCCAAGUACGAAGUCGGCGAAACGAUUCCUUUCCCGAAUGAGAAGCCGAACGAGAUCUCAAACAUGACCCAACACGCAUAUACAGCAUUCAUGUGGGCUGUGUGCGAUCAACUUGUUGGGAAGCUUGCAUGGAUGGAUGAUACGAGUAUCAAAGAUGAGCAGCAAGCAACAGCUCAGUUUGGUAUCAUUGACUCGCCCAUUCAGCACACCAGUUUGCUGGGGUCCGUCGACUUGGAUGCGUACUUCGAAUUUGACGAAGAGAAAGAAUUGUACAAAGAUCAAAACAUGUCGACAGCAUUCGAUUUGAGUGAUCAACGACUGAAGGACAAAGCCAUGGCGAGAAAUCGGACACUAGAUGUCUUGAUAGAAGAGUUGAGCUCCAACCUGACAGUCAGCAUGAUGCACAACCGCCUACUAACGGAUAUGGCCAACACGACCGUCAAGCUUACCACCGACGUAAACCGCUACAACUAUAAGGCCUAUGGCUUGUUUGUCCCCUAUGCUCUCGCUAAUGCGUUCGCCCUUGUCUGCGUCAUCCUUGGGUUAACAUCAUAUGUCCGCGAUGGUGCCAUGCCAGGAAAGAAAGUGCAGGAUUACUUGCAAGCUAUGCAUGAUCCGAGGUUCCAAGGCAGUCCUGCUCAAAACUGCAGAACACCGAGCUUGAGUGCUGUUUCUGGUUCACUCAUUCCCCUCAAUUCUGUAGCUUCAUCUGAAGGUUCAGGAGAAGGGAGAAGCAAUGAAAGAGCAAGAGGUUCUCAAAAUACAAGGUCAUCGAGUGAUAUGAGCAGAGUCGAGAGUGUUGAGAUCGUAUGA